GGCAGAUACAGUACAUAACCCAACUUCAGAGUCGAAGGUACCACAAUCAAACCGAAGACUCCAAACCAAGCAAUAUCUCUGCCCAAAGUCAAAACCCCGAUUCAACACUCACCCCACUAUAUGACUCUUGUUAAUGCCGUAUAUCAUCUUCGUUUCACUGAUUCUUCCACCACAAGUUUCAAUCUUUCCCAAUGAAAAAGUUCUUUUUCUUGUUCGUUCUUCUGGCUUUCAAUUUCAUUUCCGAUAAUUUUGACUCAGCUGAUGCCGCCGACGACCCCCAAUACGAGGCCUGCAUAGUCCCCCAAAAUUGUGGAAACCAAACAAUAAGCUUCCCUUUCUUCAUUCAGGGCCAGCAAGAGUCUUACUGCGGCUACCCAGGCUUCAGCCUCUCCUGUGACCCAAAUGGCCGCUCCAUUCUCAACCUCUCCGGCCAAAACUACGUCGUUCGAGAAAUCUUCUACCAUAACCGAUCUGUUAUCGUCUCGAACGCUGCGUUGCUGGAUCCUGAAGAAAACGGUUGCAUCACUCCUGUACCGAAUUUAACUCUCUCCUCUGAUUUCAAGAUCGCCGAGGGUCAAAAUAGUGUAGUUUUGCUGUAUAAUUGCCGAGUUUCUUCUUCGGUUGGGAGGACCAAUCCUCUUCUGAAGUACAAGAUCGGUUGCUAUGAGGAAAACCAGACGAAUUCGGUGUUGGCUAUUUAUGAGAGCGACAGAGAUCAAUUGGAUCAGGCGUCGAGAAUGUGCGGUCCGAUUGGAGAUGUGGUGGUGGCCAAUACGACGGCGGUGGAUGUGUAUAUGGGAGGUAGCGGUGAGAACGAAGGAAUGUUGAUGAGAGAGGUGUUGAGGAGAGGGUUCAUGCUUACAUGGUUGGCCAGUGACUGUGGCUUAUGCGAGAGCAGUGGGGGCAAGUGUGGAUUUAUGGUGCCGUCCUAUCAUUUCUGGUGCUUCUGCCCUGAUAGGCCUCACGCCUUGAAGUGUUUUCCGCCGUCGGGACUAAGCAAGCAACAAAAGCUGGGACUAGGACUAGGGAUAGGUUUUGUAGUUCUUUUUGCUAUGAUGGGCUUGGCAAUCAUUAUGUGGUGCAGGAAACAAAAACGUGCUGCUUCAAGGAACAUCGAUGAUCCGAAUAUGAAUAUGAAUAUGGAGGAUCCAGAGGGGGCUAGUGGCUAUCUGGGGGUUCUUGUCUUUUCCUACAAAGAACUCACUGAAGCCACUAAUAACUUCGAUGCUGACAGAGAACUUGGAGAUGGAGGUUUUGGAACUGUAUACCAUGGCAAACUCAAAGAUGGGAGGGAAGUAGCAGUCAAGCGUUUAUACGAACACAACUAUAAAAGACUAGAACAAUUCAUAAAUGAGAUCCAAAUUCUCGCCGGCUUGCGCCACAAAAAUUUGGUAUCACUCUAUGGCUGCACUUCACGCCGCUCUCGAGAACUCCUCCUAGUCUACGAGUACAUCCCCAAUGGCACAGUUGCAGAUCAUCUCCACGGAGAUCGUGCCAAAACCAGCCCCUUAACCUGGCCAAUCCGUCUAAGCGUUGCCAUUGAAACGGCCCGUGCUCUGGCCUACCUCCAUGCUUCAGACAUAGUCCACCGCGAUGUCAAGACCAACAACAUCCUCCUCGACAACAACUUUUGUGUUAAAGUUGCAGAUUUUGGCCUAUCGCGGCUGUUCCCCAGCGAUGUCACUCACGUCUCAACUGCUCCACAAGGGACCCCUGGCUACGUUGAUCCAGAAUAUCACCAAUGUUAUCAACUGACCAGUAAAAGUGAUGUUUAUAGCUUUGGAGUAGUUUUAGUCGAGCUCCUAUCAUCCAUGCCUGCGGUUGACAUAACAAGACAUAGGCAUGAGAUUAAUCUCUCUAACUUAGCAAUAAGCAAGAUUCAAAAACAAGCAUACAAUGAGCUGAUUGAUCAGGAUCUUGGGUUUGACUCGGAUACAAGAGUUAGAACAAUGACAAUUGCAGUAGCAGAGUUGGCUUUUGAGUGUUUGCAACAAGAUAAGGAAAUGAGACCUACAAUGGAUGAAGUUUUGGAGAGACUGAUGAGAAUCGAAGAUGGAAAAAUUGAGACUAAGGUUGUUGGUGGUUCUGAGUUGAGUAUGAGUACUGUACUACCACCACCACCUUCGCCUGAGUGUGAUGAAAUUGGGUUGUUAAAGAAUAUAAAACAAGAGCAGCCGCCAUCACCCAAUGCUGUGACUGAAAAUUGGCUCAGUAGUACAUCUACUACACCUAAUUUCAGUGGCUAAAAAUUCUAUUCUAUUCUAUUCUACACUCACAUUUCAGCUCAAAUUUGAAUACAACAGUAUAAUUAAUCAUAUUUGUGGUACGUACAUGUAAGCAAGUGAUGGGUCCAAAUUUAUUUUUGUGUUUCCCAUCUGCUUGUUUUGUUGUUUUUGUCUAUUUAUGAUUCAUGAUUAAAUAAUUCAAUAGUUGUAGAAAAGUAUGAGGUUUGUACAUAUAUUAAGGGAUUUAUUAAUUACAUACAUAGUAAUGUCGCGUUACUUUUGUUUUGAAA